GCAGUACGACGCAUUUGCGCACCGCUCGUUGUGCAGCUCCUGUCCGCGGCGUUUUACCAUCACACAUUACAUUUUUUCGGUCCCCCCAAAAAUAAAAACCGAAAAAACGGUCGUUUUCAAACAAAAAUUUCCAAUAUCGUUUUUUUUUUAAUAUUGCCUAUAGUACGGCACACAUACACAUACACACACACACUUAUUCACUUACUUACCUAACGUGUCUACGCGGUCAAACGUGCUCGCUAUCGCAUUUAUGGUGCCGGGCGCGGCUGUGGCCACCAUGGAGCAAAAUUUCACACUGCGGCCGUGCGCCACGGACUUCUCGGUGGCCGCCAUACUGGCGCGGCGUGACCAAGGUGUGGCCGCGGCCGCAGCCGCGGCGGCGAUGGCCGCCAAAACGGCCGGCCACCACAAUCACCGUCAUCAUCACCAUCACCAUCAAGACGAACCGUCGCCGGACAGCCAAGAAGAACAGCGGCCGGUCGACGAGCCCAUGUCGAGGAAGCGGCGCUUGAGCGACGGCUCGGCCACGAGGUCGCACGCCGCGGUGGCCGACGAGGUGGUCAUAUCCUCGUCGACGUCCAGUCCGCCGCCACAGUCGCAGCCGCCACAGCCGCAACCGCGUCCGCCGUCGGCGGCCGCCGACCCGCAGCUGGAGGAACGGUUCAACUCCGAAGACCUCAGACACGUGGGUUGCCGGUUGGAGACCAAAGAACUGUGGGACAAGUUCAACGAUCUGGGCACCGAAAUGAUCAUCACGAAAACCGGAAGGAGAAUGUUUCCUACGGUACGAGUGUCGUUCACCGGACUCAGGAUGGACCAAAAGUACUCGGUGCUUAUGGACAUAGUGCCGGUGGAUAACAAGAGAUACAGGUACGCUUACCACAGGUCUUCGUGGCUAGUGGCAGGCAAGGCGGACCCUCCGGCCCCACACCGGCUGUACACACACCCCGACUCUCCUUUCACCGGCGAUCAACUCCGCAAACAGGUCGUGUCCUUCGAGAAAGUCAAACUCACCAACAACGAGAUGGACAAGCACGGCCACUUGGUGUUGAACUCCAUGCACAAGUAUCAGCCACGCAUACACUUGGUGAAGAGAAGCGAUUUGUCAGCUGGCCAAACGGUCACCGAUCUCGAGGCCGAAGAGUACAAAACGUUUGUGUACCCCGAGACCACUUUCACGGCCGUCACGGCUUACCAAAACCAACUGAUAACCAAGUUGAAAAUCGACAGCAACCCUUUCGCCAAAGGCUUCAGAGACUCGUCCAGGCUCACCGAGUUCGAAAGGGAAACAAUGGAGUCGAUGUUGGGCGACCACCACAUGAUGAGGACGCCAAUGCUGGACCCGUCGGGCAGCCUGAGCCACCUGACGGCCGAAGAACGGGCUGUUCUGGCGGCCAGGUCGCAGCUGUUCCUCCGGGCGGCCGCGGCCGCCGCCGCGGUGUCCGGUCCGUACGGUCCGCUGUGCGGCAUUUACAACGCGGCCGCCGCGGCAUCGUCGGCCGCGGGCGGUUCGCAUCACCUAUGGAACCAGUGGGCCUCGCUGAGCCCGGCCGUUUACCAGCAACUCACCGCGGCCGCUGCCGCCGGACCAAUGGGCUCACCGUAUCACCAUCACCCCCAUCACCUUCAUGGCGGCGGCGGCGGUGGCAGCAGCCCCAACGGAUUCAGGUUCUCGCCUUACCUGGUUCCGACCGCGGCCGCCUCGGCCGCAAGUAACCGGUCACCGCCGCUGUCGUCGCCCGACACCGGCGCCUCGUCAGACCACUCUCCGCACAGUCCCAGGCCUUCGCCUCCACAGUCUUAGUCCUCCUCCAUCCUCCAUCCCCCGCCACCGCCCAACGAUAGUAACGCCUACAAAUUUAUUUUAAGCUUAAGCUAAGGGUAGGCACACACCCUGUAAGUACGAUAGUAUUUUGGCAACCAGCACUGCCCCCCCCCCCAAAACGCUUUAAGUCGGACAACCGAAACACGUUGGCAAUACUGCAGUUUUUGAACGAGCGCGAUUUUCAUUGGUCGACAUAGUCCGCGUGCCGCGCGUUUCUAUUGGCCCGAACUAAUAGUGUGAACCAAUCAUAAGCUUUCUUUUUUUUUUACUCGUCACCUCUGAGGGGUUGCCAAAAUUGUAUUGUACCUCGUGGCCUAUCCUUUGGUGUAUAUAUUUCAAUAUACGGCUUAUAUUGUUGUACAUUAUCAUUAUUAUUAUUAUUAUUAUUAUUAUACUCGAACGUUAUUGUACUAUAAUAUUAGUGUACGCCUCUCCGUUUAUGCGUUAUUUGUUUAUAAUAUUAUUCAAUUUUUUUGUUUCCUUUUAUUAAAUAUUCGACGAGUAUCACACAGCGCUUAGGUCAUUAUUCCAAUAGCCCACUGCGCUACUAACUCACCGCAUCCAUAACUCGUCUAGCUCCAUCUCAUCUCCUAUGGCCCCAAAGAUAUUAUUGUAUUUGUAUUAUUAUUAUUAUCAUUAUUAUUACAUACUAUUAGGAACUAUUAUUAUUAUAACACAACAGCUCUUGUAUAUGUAUAUUGUAUUAUUAUUAUUAUUAUUAAGUUUAUAUAAUAAA